CUUAUUAAAUAGUAUUAUGGAAGGCACCACCGCGUUGAUUAAAUGAAAGCUCAAUUAAAAAGUGUUCAUAAGCAAAGAUGCUGCUUUCUCUCCCUCUACUGUUUUUGCUUGCAGCCGCCAAUGCUCUAAAAAAAUCUGAUGGACCACCAGAGUCCUGCUUCGAAGGACCGGAAACCGAGCAGAUUCAGCCCAUUCUCUACAACCCCAAUAUCACAGUGUGUCGUUCACCCAACCUCAAAUUCUGCUAUCAGUUUUCUCAUUCCAACCGCAAACAGAUAACAACUCAAUAUUAUGGCUGUGCGAACGACGAUAAUCAUCCCUGUAACCAGUUAAACUAUGACUACACACUGUACACUUGUAGAGACAACGUCAGGUUGGGUAUGUUGAGACGUGGGCUUCUAUGCUGCUCCAAGCAUACAAAACACUUCGUGCCACUUCAAUUUUCUCCAGUCUCCUCGUGUUACACAGGAACCACAAAUUCUACCGGCGACUUCGUGGUGGGCGGUGAUCCGGAGAAGUGUGAUGAGACGAAGUCGCUCUAUUGUGUGGCGAAGAUGACGGUGCUAGAGGAGGACAUUCUGGAGGCCCACUUCUUCUGCGACCAGACCAUAACAGACAGCUCAUGUGGCAGCGACACUCUAGCUUCAUGCACUGAACCCACUAACUACACUAAGGGAGAAAACCGGACGCGUGUUUGUUGUUGUGGAACUGCCGACUGCAACUCUGCCAGCUACAUGUUGCGAAUAGGAGAACCAUCUCGCAUCACCUCUUUCCCGGGGUCUCCGAUGUUGCUCUACAUUCUACUCAUAGUGUUCGGCUGUAUUGUUCUUCUCGGAUUGGUAAUGAUGGCGGGUAAGCAGUGUGGCGCCUCAAGUAAUGACAGCAUAGACUUCGACGACAAAGCGAGUUUCGACAGACUGGAUUUCGAUGAAACUGAAAACGACGAACCAUCGCCAUCGGAGAAACCGAUGACGAAGAUGUCGGGAAAAGACAAGUUCGAACGGGUAGAAGUGGAGGAGGUUGAGGACGAUGACGUCAUACAGAUAGAACACGAACACUCUCCUUCCGACAACCCAAUCUCGCAAACUGCCUCCGUCUGACGAUGGAAUCUCUCUCUUGUUUAUUCACUCCGCCAACACCAAUUACAAUUCAACCCCUCUCACUCUUUUCUCUCUCUUUCUACUUCGCAAAACUAUUUUGUUCUAUUCACUAACAAAGAAGGAACAUGGUUGUUUUUAUACCAGCAACUCUAAUAGACGCAAAUAAAAUAAUCAGUUCUACGUUUUGUUCUGUUUUUCAGUUGCUACAACAUUGAAAAGUAGUUUUGAGCUCUUUUUCGCCCAUUUUAAAUGAAACAAUUUUUUGGAGAAUAUUCAGCCAAGACGAAAAUUUCCCUCGGAAAGAAUGUUUGAAAAACUCGGCUAGAAAUCUAUAUGCUAUUGAAGAUGAAAAAGAGGUUUUAUUUUGUUCGUAAUUCUGAAUGAUAAUUUAGAUAGUACAUCAAGCGAGUUGCAUUUGCCUGACUCGUUCUCGGAAUGCUAUUUUUCUAUUCCGUUUUAUUUAGCACUGAAUUUCUUAAACGAUGAUAAAAAGUGUAAAUAAAUCCAAUUUUUAUCAGUAGCAACCUUGCAUGACUGAUUUUUUAGCAAUCGAUUCUUGAAUCAAAACUGGCGCCUAAUUGAAAAUUUUGGCCUCUCAAAAAUUGCAAUUGAUGUUUAGUUCAAUCUCGUCGUGCAGUAUUAGUUUCAAGCGCCAAUUGUCACUUGAGUGCAAUUUGUGUCUGCAAUUGUAGAUUUAUUUUGAUAGUUUUAAGAAUGCCUUUGAUAUUGUUUAUUUUGCUUCGCGAUAAUUUGAAUCACUAUUUAUAAAGUCUCAGGUUGAUAUUUCUGAACAGAUAAUUUCAAAUAUUUGAUUGCUUUU